UGGCCGCCAGGCGCUGGGUAGCUGAUGACGAAGAGUGCGUUCAAAAACACUAAGGGAGGCUGAGGCAGGAGGAUUGCAAGUUGGAGCCCAGCCUGGGCAGUUUUACCGCCGAAUGAAAACCUGCCUCGAAAUAUAAAAGUAAAACUGGGUAUGGGGCUCGGUGCAGUGACUCAGAGCUCCUUCUCCAGUACUGUGGCUGUGAAUGGCAGCAGACCCUUCAGAGCGACAUUUUUUUGUUUUUGAGAUAGGGUCUCACUAUGUAGUCUAGACCGGUUUUGAACUCAGUAUGUGGUCCAGACUGGGUUUGAACUCACAGUGAAGCCCAGGCUGGCCUUGAACUCGUGGAGAUCUUCCUGCCUCAGCCUGCCGAGGGCUUGAAUUACAAGCAUGCGUCACUACGUCUGGCUUUUUAAAAACAAGAAGGUAACUGAUGUUUAUGGUAUCAGAGCCACGCACCUUCCCUGGGUGGACCCCGCAGGUGACAGGCAGUCUGUCACUGAGGCUUUGCUGAAAGCCAGCAGAGCCCUUGGGAAAGCGUCUCUGUCCCCGCACCAGUUCUAGCUCUUUUGGGACCCCUGCUCCUGCUGUCGCCCCGUCCCCCUGUCCCCGCUCUCUGGGCGGCGGCGGGGUCACAAUCGCCCCGCGUCAGCGCGGCCCCGCGCCCCUCCGGCCUCCUGCCAGUCCCGUGCCCCGCGGCUCGGGAUCCACAGCAGCAGCGUCCUGCCUCGGCCUCCCUGGAGCGCAUGGCAUGGCCACGCGCGGGCCCCGCACGCUGGUGGACACCACACCGGCCAAGACCAUCCUGGUGUACCGCAACGGGGACCAGUUCUACGUGGGCCGCAAGUUCGUGCUCUCGCGACGCCGUGUGGCCACGUUUGAGACGCUGCUGGAGCAGCUGACCGAGCAGGUGGCGGUGCCCUUCGGGGUGCGGCGCCUCUACACGCCCACGCGCGGUCACCAGGUGCUCGAACUCGACGCGCUGCAGACCGGGGGCAAGUACGUGGCGGCCGGCCGCGAGCGCUUCAAGAAGCUCGAUUAUAUUCAUAUAGCUCCCAGAAGACCUUCUAAGAUAAAGAAGGUGAAGGAAAUCAAACCUGUGGUGCACUGCGAUAUAAAUGUGCCAUCCAGGUGGCAGACGUGUCAUCGAAUAUACCGUCAUAUAAAUGUUUUUACAAAUGGAAAGUUAUUUAGCCCACCUAUAAAAAUUAUCAUUCCCAAAUUCAGCCUGUCAGAGUGGAGUAGCGUGCUGGCCAUGAUUGGAGAGAAAGUCUUCCCUCUUGGAGGCGUGAGGAAGCUAUUUACCAUGAAUGGACAUCUCUUGGACAAUUCCAAGGAUUUGCAGGACAAUCAUUUUUACGUUGCCGCAGGGCUGGAGACCUUCAAACACUUCCCUUACUGGAGGUCCCCGCGGGUCCCCAGUGAGGUCCGACAGCGGUACGAAUUGGAAAAGUGUCCACCGAGAAAGAAAAAAGCGGAGUCCAAAGAACCACCUAAGGGUGACGACAUUCCACCUGAAACGAAGGAUUCGGUUUAUUAUGCCAAAGAAGGAAAGAAGAAAACAUCGGUAGAAACUUUAAUCCCAAGCGGUGCAGAAGGUGACGUGUACAAAGCCCAGACUCCUACCAAGGAUGCCCAAGGGGCUCUGGACGUCAAGGAGGAUGCAAAUGUGAAGGUGGAGAUGCCUGUGGACCAGGUCCCCGCUGAAAUGGUUAAAGAGGUCGAUGAUGCACAUGACCACACCCUGAAGUUUGAAGGCAUCAAGGAAAAAGAAGAAGAAAGGCAUUAUGAAGAUAUUGAAAGAAAGCAUCUCUCAAGAACCUCAACAAGAAUAAGAAAGUGGUUCCGCUUCCUGAAAAAGAACAAUAUGACAUUCUAGAGGAAAAAAAUACACCUGUGCUCCAAGAAACUCCAGUAGAAAUAGAAGCCCAAAGACAAACACCAGUGGAACCCCAAAGAGACACAUCAGUGGAACCCCAAAGACACACACCAGUGGAACCCCAAACACAAGAACAGUCAUCACCAAGACAAGAAGAACAAAGACCUGAGACCCCAGAAUCUCCUGAACAGUCAUUCUCAGAGCAACCAUCCCAACAACCAAGACCCAAGACACCACAGUCUCCUGAACCAUUGUCCUCUGAAAAAGCAUCCCAGGGAGAAAGACCCAAGCCACCAGAAUCUCCUGAACCACCGUCCUCUGAAGAACCCCAAGAACAGAGAUCCAAGCCACCAGAAUCUCCUGAACCACUGUCCUCUGAAGAAACACCCCAAGGACAGGGAUCCAAGCCAUCAGAAUCUCCUGAACCACUGUCCUCUGAAGAAACACCCCAAGGACAGAGAUCCAAGCCACCAGAAUCUUCUGAACCACUGUCCUCUGAAGAAACACCCCAAGGACAGGGAUCCAAGCCAUCAGAAUCUCCUGAACCACUGUCCUCUGAAGAAACACCCCAAGGACAGGGAUCCAAGCCAUCAGAAUCUCCUGAACCACUGUCCUCUGAAGAAACACCCCAAGGACAGGGAUCCAAGCCACCAGAAUCUCCUGAACCACUGUCCUCUGAAGAAACACCCCAAGGACAGAGAUCCAAAACACCAGAAUCUCCUGAACCACUGUCCUCUGAAAAAGCAUCCUAAGGACAGAGUCCUGAGCUGCAGGAGUCCCCAGAGUCAUUACACUUGGGACCAUGAACUCAGACAUGGCUGACUCAGGGACAAUAAGACAAACACAUGCCUCAAAAACAGAAUGUCAGCUGUGUGGUGAAGAGCAACCUUCUGAAGCUGAAAAUGAUCAUAAGACAAACGAAAAUAAAAUUACACACUUUUUUCCGCAUUAUGCUAAAGAGAUGGCCAGGGAGUGGCAAGCAACACCUCAGCCAAGCAUCUCUCUGUCCACUCAGGGUCAGCUUUCCUGCAACCGUGGGGCUCCCGCCUCACUCACGGCCACUUUAACAGCAGGAAAACCGUGUCUGAGGUGAAACCGACACUUGGUCCUGGUGACUUGUUGAAAGCUAAGAACGUUUACUCACCGAGUCCUUUGCUCCAGUUCCCUUGCCUGGUGAUAUUCUUUUUAGUAAACGUUUAAAAGAAUGAAGUGUGGUUCUGUAUCUGUAAGCAUCACUCACAGUGAUCACUCAGAAAAAGCCGAGGAAUUUGAAAUCACAUCUGUCCAUUUCUCCCUCAUUUUUUUCUUGGAAUGUGUACGGGAAAGUAAGCAUUGUUUCAUUUUUAUGCAGUUUGAAAGUUCUCACUAAAAGAGGAAUCAGAUGUAUGAAUUAAUAUGAGAAAGCAUUUUUAAAAUCUUUUUGAGACAGUUUCACUAUGCAAUUCAGCUGACCUUGAACUCACUUUGUAAUCCAGGCUGACCUUGAACUUGCAGUGAUCCUCUUGCCUCAGCCUCCGAGUGCUGGAAUCACAGGUGUGUGUCACCAUGCCUGAUUAUGAGAGCAUUUUACCUCCUAAAUGAUUGCUGAAGAAAAAAGAAUAAAGAUUCAGUGUUAAAUGUGAAAGAAAAUUAUUAUUUACUUAUGAAAGCAAAAAUAAUACCUGUGUAUCUUUAUUAUAUGUAUUUCCAAGUAU